AUGGUCAUGUUCGAUGAUGUCUCUUUCACGAUACUAUUGUUUACGGGGAAGCGACCUAUCUAUUUUGAUCGCAACAUAAACAUAUUAGAGCUUGACUUUUUCUCUCUCUCCUUCCUUUUCGAACUGGUUUCAUUUUCGGUUUACCUCUUUCUUUCUUUCUUUCUUUCUUUCUUCAUUCAUUCUUUUUUUUUCAAACGUUCUUUUGUUACUAUUAUUCUUUUUAGCGUCUCUUUUUUUCUUUCAUUUUUUUUUCAUACUUUAUUUCUUUUUUCAUCUUCCUUUUUAUUUCUUUUUUCAUAUUUUUUAGUAAUCUUUUCUUUUCUUUUUUCCUUUAUUUCUUUCAUUCUUUUUCUUGUACCAUUCUUUUUCAUUAUUUUAGUGACCAUUAAUUUUCGUUGUUUUUUCUUUCAUUUUCCUUUCUUUCUUUUUCUAUGCUUUUCUCUUCCUUUCUUUUUCUUUAUUUCUUUCUUUUUCCUUUUCCUUUCUUCCUUCAUUAUUUUAGUGAUCUUUUCUUUUCUAUAUUUUUCUUUCUUCCUUUCUUUCUUUCAACUGUUUCAAUCUUUCUCCAUUAUUUUUAGCGUUCGUUUUUCUUUUUUCUUUCUUUCUGUUUUUCUUUUUCCUAUUCCGUUCUUUUUUCAUCAUGUUCCUGUUGAUCUUUUGUUUUCAAUUUUUUUUCUUUCUUUCUUCAUUAUUUUCUAUCUUCUUUUCAUAAUUUUCUUUCUUUCUUUUCUUCCUGUUCUUUUUUUUUCUGUCUCAUUCGAUAUUUUUCUUUCAUACCGUGUGAUUCUUUAUUUCUUUUUCUCUUACUGUCUGAUUUUUUUUCUUUUUUCUGUUCCGUUCUUUUUUCAUAAUUUUCUUGUCAUCUUUUGUUGUAUUUCUUUGUUUCUUUCUUUCAAUCCUUCUUUUUUCUUUCUUUCUUUCUUACGGCUCUUUCUUUCUUUCUUUCAACCCUUCUUUAUUUAUUUAUUCUUUCUUUCUUUCUUUCUUUCUUUCUUUCUUUCUUUCUUUUUCUUACUGUCUCCUUUUUAUUUCUUUUUCCUGUUCCGUUCUUUUCUCAUUUUCGACUUUCUUUCUUUUUUCUUUCUUUCUUUCUUUCUUUUCUUUCUUUUUUUUUUUCUUUCUUUCUUUCUUUCUUUCUUCACACAAAUAAUUCCGCCAGUUUAUUAUUUCUGUCUCUUUCUUAUUCCUCUCCUCUCUCCCUUUCCUAUCACUCUCUUCUGUCUCUUUCUUAUUCCUCUCCUCUCUCCAUUUCCUAUCACUCUCUUCUGUCUCUUUCUUAUUCCUCUCCUCUCUCCCUUUCCUAUCAUUCUCUUCUGUCUCUUUCUUAUUCCUCUCCUCUCUCCCUUUCCUAUCACUCUCUUCUGUCUCUUUCUUAUUCCUCUCCUCCCUCCCUUUCCUAUAACUCUCUUCUGUCUCUUUCUUAUUCCUCUCUUCCCUACCUUUCCUAUCAUUCUCUUCUGUCUCUUUCUUAUUCCUCUCCUCUCUCCCUUUCCUAUCACUCUCUUCUGUCUCUUUCUUAUUCCUCUCCUCUCUCCCUUUCCUAUCACUCUCUUCUGUCUCUUUCUUAUUCCUCUCCUCCCUCCCUUUCCUAUCACUCUCUUCUGUCUCUUUCUUAUUCCUCUCCUCCCUCCCUUUCCUAUAACUCUCUUCUGUCUCUUUCUUAUUCCUCUCUUCCCUACCUUUCCUAUCAUUCUCUUCUGUCUAUUUCUUAUUCCUCUCCUCUCUCCCUUUCCUAUCAUUCUCUUCUGUCUCUUUCUUAUUCCUCUCCUCCCUCCCUUUCCUAUCACUCUCUUCUGUCUCUUUCUUAUUCCUCUCCUCCCUCCCUUUCCUAUCCUCUCUCUUCUGUCUCUUUCUUAUUCCUCUCCUCCUCCCUUUCCUAUCACUCUCUUCUGUCUCUUUCUUAUUCCUCUCCUCUCUCCCUUUCCUAUCAUUCUCUUCUGUCUCUUUCCUUCCUUCCUCUCUUCCCUCCCUUUUCCUAUCACUCUUCUGUCUCUUUCUUAUUCCUCUCUUCUCUCCCUUUCCUAUCACUCUCUUCUGUCUCUUUUCUCUAUUCCUCUCUUCCCUCCCUUUCCUAUCAUUCUCUUCUGUCUCUUUCUUAUUCCUCUCCUCCCUCCCUUUUCUAUCACUCUCUUCUGUCUCUUUCUUAUUCCUCUCCUCUCUCCCUUUCCUAUCAUUCUCUUCUGUCUCUUUCUUAUUCCUCUCUUCCCUCCCAUUCCUAUCACUCUCUUCUGUCUCUUUCUUAUUCCUCUCCUCCCUCCCUUUCCUAUCACUCUCUUCUGUCUCUUUCUUAUUCCUCUCCUCUCUCCCUUUCCUAUCAUUCUCUUCUGUCUCUUUCUUGUUCCUCUCUUCCCUCCCCUUUCCUAUCCUCUCUUCUGUCUCUUUCUUAUUCCUCUCCUCUCUCCCUUUCCUAUCACUCUCUUCUGUCUCUUUCUUAUUCCUCUCCUCUCUCCCUUUCCUAUCAUUCUCUUCUGUCUCUUUCUUAUUCCUCCUUCCCCCUCCCUUUCCCUAUCUUCUCUUCUGUCUCUUUCUUAUUCCUCUCCUCUCUCCCCCCUUUCCUAUCAUUCUCUUCUGUCUCUUUCUUAUUCCUCUCCUCUCUCCCUUUCCUAUCAUUCUCUUCUGUCUCUUUCUUAUUCCUCUCCUCCCUCCCUUUCCUAUCCCCUCCCUUCUCUCUUCUUCUGUCUCUUUCUUAUUCCUCUCCUCCCUCCCUUUCCUAUCACUCUCUUCUGUCUCUUUUCUUAUUCCUCUCCUCUCUCCCUUUCCUAUCACUCUCUUCUGUCUCUUUCUUAUUCCUCUCCUCUCUCCUUUUCCUAUCACUCUCUUCUGUCUCUUUCUUAUUCCUCUCCUCCCUCGCUGUCCUAUCACUCUCUUCUGUCUCUUUCUUAUUCCUCUCUUCCCUCCCUUUCCUAUCACUCUCUUCUGUCUCUUUCUUAUUCCUCUCCUCUCUCCCUUUCCUAUCACUCUCUUCUGUCUCUUUCUUAUUCCUCUCCUCUCUCUUUUUCCUAUCACUCUCUUCUGUCUCUUUCUUAUUCCUCUCCUCCCUCCCUGUCCUAUCACUCUCUUCUGUCUCUUUCUUAUUCCUCUCCUCUCUCCCUUUCCUAUCACUCUCUUCUGUCUCUUUCUUAUUCCUCUCCUCUCUCCUUUUCCUAUCCCACUCUUCUGUCUCUUUCUUAUUCCUCUCCUCUCACCCUUUCCUAUCACUCUCUACUCUUCAUUUCUUAUUCCUCUCCUCCCUCCCUUUCCUAUCCCGCUCUUCUCUCACUUUCUUAUUCCUCUCUUCCCUCUCUUUCCUAUUCCUCUCCUCUUACUUUCUUAUUCCUCCACUCUCUCUUUUUUAUUCCAGUCUUUUCUCACUUUCCUAUCUCUCUCUCUUCCUUUCCUAUCUCUCGUCUCUCUCUAAUUCAUCUAUUCUCUCCUUUUCUUAUCCCACUCGUCUCUCACUUUCUUAUUCCUCUCUUUAUCUCUUUCCUAUCCUUCUCUUCUCUCACUUUCCUAUUCCUCCCUCUCUCUCUCUCUCUCUCUCUCUCUUUCCUAUUCCGCUCCUCUUAUUCCCUCCUCAUUCUUUUCUAUUCCUCUCUUUUCUCCCUUUCCUAUCUCUCUCUUCUUAUCCUUUCCUAUCUCUCUUCUCUCUCUCUUUCUUAUUCCUAUUUUCUCUCCCUUUCCUCUCACUCUCUUCUGUCACUUUAUAAUUCCUCUAUCCAUCCCCCUUUCCUAUCCCACUCUUCUCUCAUUUUCUUAUUCCUCUCUUGCCUUUCUUUCCUAUCCUUCUUUUCUCUCCUUUUCCUAUUCCUCGCCUCACUCGUUCCUAUUCCUCCCCUCUGUCUCUCUCCUAUUCCUCUCUUUUUCUUUCGUAUUUCUUUCCCCUCUCUUUCCUAUUUCUCUUCUCUUUUUUCCUAUUCCUCUCUUUUCUCCCUUUCCUAUCUCUCUCUUCCUUUCCUAUCCCUCUCUCUCUCUCUCUCUCUCUCUCUUAUGUCUUUAAUUGUUCCUCGAUUUCCCGCUCUCAAUUGCUUUCUUUCUUUCGUUUCUCUUAAUGCUAGAGUUAUCUCUGUUCAUAUCUAUCUCAGUUUUUCAUAUCUAUCUAUCUAUCUAUCUAUAUAUCUAUCUGUCUUUCACAUUCUUUUCAUAUCUAUCACUACCUUUUCAUAUCUAUCUUUCUAUUUCAGUCUGUUUAUAUCUAUCAGUUUUUCAUAUCUAUCUAUCUAUCUAUCUAUCUAUCUAUCUAUCUAUCUAUUUAUCUAUCUAUCUAUCUAUCUAUCUAUCUAUUACAGUCCCUUUCAUUUCUAUCUAUCUAUCUAUCUAUCAUUAUGUUCAUAUCUAUCUAUCUAUCUAUCUAUCUAUCUAUCUAUCUAUCUAUCUACUACAGUCACUUUCAUAUCUAUCUAUCUAUCUAUCUAUGAGCAACUUAUCUUUUUCUUUCGUUCUUUCUUUCGACCUUUGUCUUUUCUUUCCUUCUUUCUUUUUUCUUUCUUUCUUUCUUCCCUUGUCUAUUUUCAUUUUCUUUUUCCAAACUUUGUCUUUUAUAUCCAUCCUUCUUUCUUUCUUUCUUUCUUUCUUUCUUUCUUUUCUUUCUUUCAUUUAACCGUUGUUUAUUCUUAUUUUGGUUCUUUCUUUCUUUUUCAUUCUUUCUUUCUUUUUCUUUCUUUCUUUCUUUCUUUUUCUUGUUUUUUUUUCUUUUAUGGUGAUGAACUUUCUACUUUGUUUUUUUUUAUUUUCGAACUUUUCUUUCUUUCUUUCUUUCUUUGUCUUUUCUUUCUUUAUAGUGUUUCCUUUCUUUUCUUUCUUCCUUUGAAGCUUCGUCUUUUCUUUCUUUCUUUCUUCCCUCGAUCUUUGCCUUUCCUUUCUUUCGCGCAUUGUCUAUUCAUUCUUUCUUCUUUCAUUUUUCUCGCUUCGUCUUUUCUUUUCUUUCUUCAUUUCGGACUUUGUCUUAUUUUCUUUCUUUCUUUCUUUCUUUUCUCACUAACUCAUUUUCUCAAGCAGACUUCCCAGGAAGAGUUCGAGGUUUUAUGGAUUUCAUGA